UGAUACAGCUUGAUGAUGGCGUCUUCUUCUUCAUGGCUGAAGUUUCAUCGUUUGAUGUCCGGUCGCAGGUAAUUUUUCCAUCGGAGUCUGCAACUCUGCACGCGAUAAUCAGGGACGGAGGGAGAGGGGGUAGCAGAUAGAUCGUGCGUGAGGUGCGUUGCUUCUGUCUUCGUCUCUGACUCUCUGCCGCAGCGCCGCUACCAGCUUCCGGCGCAUCUCCGUCCCGGCCUACCGGCUUCAGGCAACACGCCAACACCGCCUCUCAGCGCCCCUCGUGAUCGGAAACUCGUCUCCUCAGUCCUCCUAGUACUCACUACUCAGAAAUCCUGGCUCCGUCCCUGGGGAUAAUGGACGCGGAAGGGCAACGGACGCCUUCGAACCCUUCGGCAGUGCUCGCCGCUAUCUUGUCGAAACGAGGCAAGCUUCACGAGGAGCUCAAGAGCAUUGAGAAGCAGGUUUACGACAUGGAGACGAGUUAUUUGCAGGAUCCAAGCCAAUGUGGGAAUGUGUUGAAAGGUUUUGAAGGGUUUCUGUCAUCAUCGAAAAGCACUACACUUUUAAAAAGGUCAAGGAAGUUUCAACCGGAAGAUCGGCUUUUUUCGCUAUCCUCUGUAACUUCGCCAGCGGCUGAGGAAGUAGCGGUUGGGCGUGAUGGUGCAGGUAUACCUGCAAAUGGACAGGGGAAACAGAAGAAAGGUAGGGGAGGCCCGAGAGAGGCGAAGAGACUGCGUCAUUCUAGUGAACCAGACUACGAUUAUGAAGAUGACCUUGACAUGAUGUAGUUAUGGCUUGGCUUUGAGAUAGCAAGCUGGUUGGUUUUUGGAGAAAAAAUGAGGAUCUUUAUACAACCCUGCUUGCAACAAUGGUACUCUUUCCCCUAUGAUGUACAAAUAUCACUCUCAGAGUGCCAUGAUUUAAAAUGCCAGUCUCUAUAAACUAACUUCGGUCUUGUAUCUUCUUAAUCGAACUCGACUCAAGUGAUAAGAGUUUGAGUUCUUUAAGUAUAAGAUCAAGAGUUUGAACUUAUAUGUAUUUUGGAGUGACUAUUGAAACACAUUUACUUUUUUUUU